AUGGAUGCGUUCGUGACGAGGCUUCCCAAGCCGCAGAGCCAACUUCGAGAGCAAGUUCGCGGUGACUCACCAGACAAGGAGAGGCCUUCCAAGCGAGCCAAACGGCAGGGAUCACCAGACUCUGAGGGGGGCCUAUUCCCUGAUCACCCCCAGGAUAUCUCACCAAGGGAAGAUUUGCCUGAUAAUGGAGCAGCUAAAACAAAGUACCAAUUUGAGGAACACCCCCGAAUUACGGAUAUUGAGAGCGCGUUACCGCCCACUGCUGAAGGCCAAGAAGCAGUCCAGCAGUAUGAGACAAUGAAGUCAUCACAGGCCUCGGCGCAUGAUGAGGAUGACACCACGGAAACGUCUCAGCCACUUUGGGUCAAGGGACGAAGCUCUAUUUAUGUGGAUGCCUUCAAUCUUGCACUUGAGACCGUCCUAGAGGAAGAGUCGCAUUUAUUUGAUGGGAAAGAGACCGAGGUUUUUUACCAAUGGAGAGAGUUGAACUACGAGGCUCAGUAUCUGAAAACUGCAUCGUGGCAUCGCCAUAGCCGUCUUGGAUAUCAUAACGACAUCUCGGAUCUUGAGGCAGCGAUAACUACCCUGCAAUCGUCUCGUAUUCUGCCAGCAAGCACAGCCACCCCAAUAGAUAACCCAUUUCAUGAUCUUGAGCUUGAAGAGUCGAGACUGGAUGAGACGUUCAGCUUUGCCGAUAGAUCAGAAGAUCACAUCAAUUCUGUAGAAGAGGCUGCAUCGCUGCUGAGCCUAGAUGAGCUGAAAGAGCUUGCUAAGGAAGCAAAAGUCCAAGGGCGCAAUAAGUCAGAACUCAUUCGUUCACUAGUAAAGAUGAGCAAGCAACAGUCUGGAUUGAUGUCGGUGGGCCUCAGCAGACACAACAGCCGUGGUUUUGUUGCCGAAGACCAGGAAAAUUUGGAUGCAAAAACUAAGGGAAAGGGCAUCGCAAACCUUCGGCGAGAAGAUUCGAACCGAGAGCAGCAUUUUCUUACAAAAAUUCUCGCAAUACUUGGACCUUGCAUUCGAUUGUCGCCAUCGGCCUUCAAACUUUUUGAACGGGUGCAUCUUGUGUUCUAUCGAUCGACAGAGUGGACAGAGAAAUCCCUAACAACAAUCAUUCUUGCUAAAAUUGCAAGACGGCAUUUUCCUGAAUACAUUGUUUGCCGAACUUCCACUAUAUUUACGUCGCGCCUGCACCUACUAGAGUAUGAAACCGCCAUUCGUCUGGAGGCUGAAGUCGAUGCAUUGGAAUUCAGCAGCCCACCCGGAGAUGAGGGCCUCAGACUGAUGGUCAACAUCUUUGACAAAGUUUACCCGCGAUGGAAGACAUUGGUAGAAGAAGAGCAGCACAAGGAGCACACUGUCUAUGAAAUGGGAGAGGGCGCUUACUUGAGGCGUUUCACACCAGGCCACUCGUAUACGAGAAUUGUCCAUAAAGCAGCACCAGUUUUUGGGAAGCUCAAACAACAUCUCAGAGAGCAUGCGCUGCUCACCGAGCUUCUCGAUCAACGGCUAUUCCAUCCAGCAAGACGAGGCGGUUGGUACCAACGAAAGGCUCUUCUGGAGGAGCAUUAUAUGCCAGCUUUGGAUCCGAAACCCAAAUUCACAGAUUCCGAACAGCAGAAGAAACAUUGGAAGAAAAUCGCAGUUGCUACUUGUGAGGCUGGCCUACAAGACCCGGACUGCCAUCUGAUAUUUCACUAUGACUUGCAAAAACGCCUUGUCAAGCUAGAAAAGAAACUACGUAUACCACGUCGCUUACAACACGAUUUUGGCCACGUUGAUCUGCAGAAGCCUAUUGAACACACCAUUAAAGGAAUUCAACUCAAGAAGGAUAUCAUCGCCAAGGGCGGUCGCCAAGUUUCAACCAAAACAAUAUGGCUUGAUGAGCUAGAUACCCAAGAGGAGUGCAGCGUUGAAACAAUGUGUUUGAGUCAAUAUCGAUCAGAGGGUUGGAAGGGGUAUCACGCUGAGGGUGGAAUUAUUCGCACUCUUUUCGCGUACCUCUUUUAUGACAUUCUCUUUUUGUACAUUCCAAAUGUGUUUCAGACAGCAUAUCAAACAUGCCCGCUGGAUCUUCACACUGAUGCUUUCUACCCAUCCCGAGCAUCGGAAAUCAAUCACAGACUGGUCGAGAUUGCCAAUGGAGAGGCUCCACAACUCAUUCGAAAAGUCUGGGAAUCAGAACAUGAGAGGAGAACAAGUGUGGUGGGCCUUAACUGGGAUUUCGAGAUUGACGACCUCAUAGAGCUUGCUGGGUGCUUUGAGGGAAAUGCUCUUGCAGCAGUAUGCAAGGUGAUGGCUCAAGAGUACAGACAACGAGGCGGGGGUAUCCCGGACCUAAUUCUAUGGCGCACUAAUAAUUUACCAGAAGAUUCAACAGAGGUGCCUGGAAGGCCAAAAGGAGAGGUUAUGUUUUCGGAAGUCAAGAGCGCCAACGAUCGGUUGAGUGACACUCAACGGCUAUGGAUCCAUGUGCUUACCGGAGCAGGGAUAAAGGUUGCGCUCUGCAACGCCCUGGCGAAGGAAGUGAGGGGAGUGGAUUGA